CGACCUCGUCGUUACCGUUCAUCUAAAACAAUGGCGAUCGCCCAGGUUUCCCUCAUCUCCGCCGUGAAGGCCGCGCCGACCGCGCGCGUCGCGAAGUCCGCCAAGGCGCGCUCCGCGGUCGUCGUCGCCAAGGCUGGCAAGGCGAGCAAGGUCGAGGUCGCGAAGAAGGCCGCGCCCGUCGCGCUCUCCGUGGGUGCGUCCUCCCCCGACGACAGUCUCGCUCGCGGGCGAUCGCGCGACGUUCCACUCGAACGCGCGCCGCGCGUCGCGAUCGCGAUCGCGUCGCGCUCGCGGCCGAUCGCGCGCGGAAUCGGCGUCGCGCCGCGUGAUUCUUACCCCACGAACUUCUCGCGCCGGAUCCCGGAGGGGGUCCGGUCCGACCGCGCCGCGAUCGCGCCGCGCGCGCCGCGCGAACCGCCACCGCGCGCCGUCCGUCGUCUUACCGUUCCCUUCCCUUCCCUCCCAUCUCCCGUCCGCGCUCCCCCUUUUAGCUCUCUCCGCCGCGCCCGCGAUGGCCGCGGUCCCGGUCGAGGUCGCGCAGGUCGCGGACGUCACCCCGGUCCUCUACUUCGCCUUCCUCGGCUCCUCGCUCGCGUUCGCCGUGGGCACCUACAUCGCGCUCACCAAGAUCAAGCUCAUCUGAGCGACGCGCGCGGGCGGUUCGAUAGGAUAACUAACACAGCGGUGGUCGCCGCGCGCGAGGAGGCGGCUGAAGUUCGUCCAAGGCUGAAGCGACGACGAGACGAGAGCCGAAGGGUACGGGGGCGCGGCGGGAGUGUCUGGCGGUGGGGUCUGAAGAUUUUUUUAAUCGAUUCGAUCGACUCUCGACUCGCGACGUUCGCCGCGCGCUCCGCUCCGUCGAUCGCUACCACGCGCGCGGACUACUAG